GGACAACCACUUGUGAAUCAAGUCUCCCUCAAGAAAAUAUUUAUUUAUUUAUUUAAUCUUGUAUUCUACCGAAAUUCUUUCCUAUCACAUCCAAAAUUAGAAUUUGAAGAUGGCAAAAAAAGUCGAGCUGAUUUCUUCAUCUCUUGUUAGCAGCACUGCAACUGCUGCUUCAAUCUCAAGAUUGGAGCUGAAUCCAUGGGAUUUACGAUUACUCCCAAUCAUUCCCAUUCAAAGAGGCCUCAUAUUCCACCGCUCUCACUUUCAAUCCCAACAACAUCUCAUCCAACACCUCAAAAACUCACUCUCCCGCGCUCUCGACUUUUUCCCUCCCCUCGCCGGCCGCCUCGCCGCCACCCCGCACGACGGCGACACGGCGUGCUUCUUCGUGGACUGCAACAACGCAGGAGCCGAGUUCACUCAUGCAGUCGCGACCGCCGUCUCCAUCUCCGACAUCAUCGAGCCGCGGUGUAUACCGGAAAUCGUAUCCUCCUUGAUCCCGAUCAACGUAGGCGUCACUAAUUACGACGGAAUUUCAAAGCCUCUGCUUGCGGUGCAGAUCACGGAGCUCGCCGACGGCCUCUUCAUCGGCUGCGCCGCCAAUCACGCCGUCGUGGACGGCACUUCCUUCUGGCAUUUCCUCAACUCCUGGUCGGAGAUCUCCCGCGGUUCGGAAUCAAUUUCGAGAUCCCCAAUUUUCGACCGCUGCAAUGUCGCCGCCGUGGAUAACAGACUCAUCCAUAUCCCUACAUUAGAGAAAAACCUAAUCAAAGCUCCAUCUCAAUUGCUGCCGCUGAAGGUAUUCCACUUCAGCAAAGAAAAAUUAGGUGAAUUGAAGGCGAAAGCCAAUUCCGAAGCCGGCACCGACAAAAUAUCGACUCUGCAAGCACUCAUGGCUCAUCUAUGGCUGAGCACGGUACGCUCUCACACCACUAAUAACGAUUCAACCACUCGCGUGAUGGCAACGGCCAUCGGCGCGAGGGCGAGGAUGUCGUCUUUGCCGGAUGGAUAUUUUGGGAACGCGGUUUAUUUUGUUGCGUUGGCGAUUAGCGAGGGCGAGCUAUUGCAGAAAGGAUUAGGCGCCGCCGCGCUGAGAAUCAACGAGUUGAUCUCUAAGCAAACUGAUGAAGCGAUCACACGCCACGCGGAGAAGAAGGUGGACUUUAGGGAGAUGGGGAGUGGGCCCCUUCCUCUUGGCUUCGGAGGUUCUCAGUGGCUAGAUGUGUACGGCUGUGAUUUUGGGUGGGGGAAACCAAUUGCUGUGAGGAGUGGGAAGGCGUGGAAAUUGGAGGGGAUUGUCGUGGUGUCUCCGGCGGCGGAAGCCGGCGGUAUCGACCUUGAAGUUUGCUUGUCGGAGGAAAAGUUAGUGGCAUUGGAGGAGUUCAUAACUAGUGUCUAAAUGUUUGUGGCGGUGUUUGCUUGUAUUUUUAAUGGAUAUUGUUGCUAGAUGUUUCGAGGAUUUUCGUGAACUUCGAUUUUUGUGGAGUUUUUUCGUGUUUUUUGGAUAUUGUAAAUUUGUAAGCAAUUAUUAGACCAUCCACAUCGCGCAGGGGCUUGCCGCUUCGAGGCGGCAUGUUGCACGGUGCCGUGCGCUGGUGCGCCCCUCGGGGGAGGUGGGAUCUUUUGUCCGAGAUUUAUAUAGUGUGUAUCAUUGCGUAUCGUUC